UCACGUGGGCAGGGCGCAGCGACGUCACCGGGCGGAGAUCUGUGAAGAACACGCAGACGGAACGAGCCUGAGGUGCGGCACUUUCUUAGGCUUUUCCAUCGUCCUUUCUGCACAGGGGGAACAGACUAUAAUCUGUUCACUAUUAAAGAGGCUCGAUGCCUGGUCCCACCCAAGUACUUUCCCCAAAUGGAGAGAACAACAACGACAUGGUCCAGGACAACGGAUCCAACAUCAUUCCCUACAGAAAGAACACAGUGCGAGGAGAGCGCGCCUACAGUUGGGGGAUGGCGGUCAACGUAUAUUCUACCUCAAUAACCCAGGAGACUAUGAGCAGGCAUGACAUAACUGCCUGGGUUAAUGAUAUUCUGAGCCUAAACUACACAAAAGUGGAGCAGCUGUCAUCAGGAGCGGCCUACUGCCAGUUCAUGGAUUUACUUUUUCCUGGCUGCGUCAGUCUUAAGAAGGUCAAGUUCCAAGCUAAACUGGAGCAUGAGUACAUCCACAAUUGGAAAGUGUUGCAGGCCUCAUUUAAAAGGGUGAAUGUGGACAAGAUUAUUCCCGUAGAGAAGCUGGUCAAGGGGAGGUUUCAGGACAACCUGGACUUCAUCCAGUGGUUCAAGAGGUUUUUCGACGCGAACUACGACGGUAAAGAGUACGACCCGGUGCAGGCCAGGCAGGGUCAGGACGCCAUCCCCCCUCCCGACCCUGGAGAGCAGAUCUUCAACCUGCCCAAGAAGUCCCUCCACGCAGCCAGCUCCCCCACAGCAGGAGUCUCCAGGCCCACUUGUACUAUAGCUAAGUCCGUAACACCGUCAUCUAGACCCUCGUCUGCCAAAAAGAUCCCUGGGCCGUCCACCCCGGCCAAGGGAGAGAAGGAACUGGAGGUCCAGGUCACACUUCUGAAUGAACAGAUGAGUACACUGAAGCUGGCGUUGGAAGGGGUGGAGAAGGAGCGAGACUUCUACUUCAGCAAACUGCGCGAGGUGGAGGUGCUAUGCCAGGAGCAAGGGGAGGAGAACGCCCCCUUUGUGGACCGACUGAUGGAGGUCCUCUACUCUGCAGACGAACAGGAGGGGGCCGGGGAGCUGGCUGAGGGGGACGGAGAAGAGGCCGACCCACAGCUGGCCCAGGAGGAGGUACCAGACGACCAGGCAGAACAGGAUGAAUACUGACUGUUGUCCUCCCUCACUGCAACCCCACGCCCUUCUUUUAUAGUGACAACAACCGUCAAAGGAUUUUAAGUUUUUCCACCGUGGUUUCUUUAUUUUGUUCUCUUGAAGACUGAGCAAAUGAAGCAAUGCCCCCAACCCGCCACACCCCCCCCCCCCCCCCCCUCCCCAGAAAGAACCCACCAUCCGUUCUUUUUCAGUUCAUGAUUUUUCUUAAAUCCUGCCAGUUGAUAUUCUGUGUUUUUCUGAUUGUUGGUGAACUGCCCAUGGCCGGUUUGGGUCACUUUUACCUCCACGCGCAGACAAGCUCAGACCAUCACAGGAGUUUCCAUGGACGGUGUGUGUGUGUGCGUGGGUGUUGACAGGUCAAUCAGAUUCCUGAAUAUGAGGACAUGCUGAAGUCCAGACGGGUAACUUCUACCUGUCAGUACAAGUGUUAAUUUGUGCAUCUUCGCUCCCUUUCGUUUUCUACAGAUUUUUUUGUGUGUCUUUUUUACAUAUCAACCACGUUAAUCACACGAACGCAAUAAGAAAAAGCCCUGAAAGGGCUCAUAGUAGCUCUUAUAAAACCUCCUUCCAUGUGUUGCACUGACAUUUGACCUAGGAGUGGACAAUUGGUCCACACACUUUCACCAUAUUUAUUAAGCCUUAGCAUUAGUAUUAAAGUAUACGACCUUACGUUGAAUCCUUUGGAAGAGGAGACAACACAGUCAGUUAAUUGUGAACAAAGUGUAGAGUUGAAAAACCAACUAGGACUGUACGAUGACUAUCUUCAUAAAACACAAUUUUUCAGAUAAUUGUGAGCUCAAAAAUGUAUUACUCAUACCGAUUGUGUGUGACUAAUGUUGGUAAAAUGGCUUGGUUUUAUAACCGGUUAAUUAGUAGGUCAUAAACAUAGGGGAGGAAAAUGCAUUUGUUGUGGCCUAGUCUUAUCAAGUUGGAGAACGUUUUUUGUUUUUAUACUUUGCAGCACAUUGCCACUGAUAUCUGUUCCAUGGAUAUAAUAUAUAUUAUAAAUGAUUUGUCAAUCACACUACUUGGAAAAGAUGUGUGUAAGUUCACUGAGUUAUUUGACAUGCUAUAUUCCAGUAAUUACCUGUUCAUAAUGUUACAUUUACUAUUAUUGAACUCAGCAGUGCACCAUAAUGCUUUAGUCAGAUACUGUUGUGUAAAUGAAAAGGAAUGUAAACUGUCAAUAAGUAUGAAUAGUGUUUUUUUAUGUCCCACUCAUUAUGCAUUCCCCAAACUGUGUUGCAUGUUUGCAUUUUAUUUGUGAAUAACUUGACCCGCUUUUUACAUAUUUAAUAAAAAAAAAACAAUGUUAAGUGAGCUUUUGUAUGUUUAACUUGAUGUUUGACGGGUGUAGAACGGCGUGCUGUAAUAAAACCUUUCACCUACGGGAGCCUGAA